CUUUUGCACCCGGUUUGAGGGACCGCCGGGGUAAAGGGGCCGCGGUUCCCGGGGAACACCUGAGGCGGAGCCGCGAUGGCGGAGCCGCCGUGCGGCCGCGUCCCCUCAGUGAAGCCGUAGCUGGUGGCGUACGUCGUUCCCCGCGCUUCCUUCGCCGCUUUUGUACCCGCCGAGGCCGGCCAUGGCACGGCCCGCGGCUGCAUACGAACCGGCGGUGCCAGCCCGCCCCGCCUGCGCCUACACCAGUUGUUACUGUGAAGAAAACGUUUGGAAGCUUUGUGAGUACAUCAGGAGUCAGGGCCAGUACCCGUUAGAAGAGUUUUAUGCUGUUUUCAUAUCCAAUGAUAGGAGGAUGAUUCCACUGUGGAAGCAGAAAUCGGGACAUGGAGAUGAGCCUGUUGUCUGGGACUACCAUGUCAUUCUACUUCACGUUUCCAGCGGGGAGCAGAACUUCAUUUAUGAUCUCGACACAGUGUUGCCGUUCCCAUGUCCCUUUGACAUGUACAGUGUGGAGGCCUUUAGAUUGGAUGAUGGCCUUCGUCCAGAAUUUCACAGGAAAAUCCGAAUGAUUCGGGCUGAUUUGUACUUGAAGACUUUUGCUUCAGACAGAUCGCAUAUGAAAGAUGCAAAUGGGAAAUGGCACAAACCUCCUCCUUCAUACCCUUGUAUUGAAACUGCAGCAGUUGGCUCUUCCUGAGCAGGACCCACACCUUGCCUGCUGCUGCCUACCUGGGUGUAAGUGAUGUGAAGGCUCCUGCUCUGCUCCCUCCUCGCUGCCACAAUCAUGGCCAAGUAAAUCUGGUUAGAUCAAGGUCCCUUCCUUUCUAAGGCUCUCAGGCCAGUGUAUUACUGCUCUCCCAUCAUCUCCCCCAUCCCAUACCCCCUUGGAAACAUUGGAAGAUGUUAUCUUUUCCUGAUAAAAGCUAUGCCAAAGCUUGGUUCCUUCAGGAGACAAACUGGCAGUGGAAACAUUGACAGCCGUACAGGCAAAUAUUGUCCUGCUUUAAAAACUUUAUUUAGAUAGCUCCAUUGCGAGGGGAGCUGUUUGUUUGUUGGGUUUUAUUUCUCAUUUUGGACGGUGCUGAAGACGCCAUAAAAUUAAUGACAGUAUUAUUCCAGUGGUUCGUACUCUUCAUGGGCCUUCAAAAUUAAAAGCAACCACGAUAAAAUGAAGCAAACAAACAGUCCUGAGGAGGCCCUAAUCCCUCUCCCCUGUGCUCGCAGCAGCCACCAAAGCCAGCCGGGGUCCCUGGAGGGCAGGAGCGGCAGACCCUGGGCUGAGCAGGAUCCUUGGGAGGGCUUUGUUGCUCUGCCAUGGGGAUAGUAAAGAUUCUGGCCCGCUGACAGACUGUGCAGCGAGCGUCAACAUUUGGCUCGAGCAAAGGGCUGCAGAUGAGAGGCAAGUUGUGCAUGAGAUAAAGAGGGGCUUUGCAAUAGUGCCUAGCUGAGAAGGGCUGCAGGGGGGAAGAGGCGGGCACAGGGAGAUGCAGCCAUCAGUGGAGGAUGGAGCUGGCCAUUU